UCCAUAUCAGGCGUUUCUCGAGUCUUCUGCUUACUGUUCGUUUUCUAUCUCUAAUAGCAACUUUCUGCCUUCUGGAGCCACGAACGGCACCUCUUGAUCAGACACAUGGGUCCGGGUCUUCCUCUGGACUCAUCAGCAUUGCUAGGAAUAACGACGAAGGUAAUGAAAUGGAAAAGAAAGAGGAGGAAGGAAAGGAAAGGAACGUAGCCAAGAGGAAGAUGGACAGGGUGGUGGUCCACAAAACCUCCCAGAAUCGUCCUGUGAGCAAAUCCAUCAUGGAAACCUUGUGGAUGACAUUUAAAAUGAAGCAUCGGGUCAGGACCCCUGAAGCAGUAAGACUGGCCGGAGAUUUGGCGAUAUCCGUUCCACAGGUUACAGCCUGGUUUCAGAGCACCAGAAGGAAAUAUCGAGAAAUGGCUACGGUCCAGAAGAAGGCGACAAAGUCUGCCCAGGAUGAAGUCUCCCGUGACCCACUGCACGUGCUCCGCUUAAAACGGAUUGGUAAGAGCGAUUCCUUCUAA